AUGUUUUUCACUAUCUCUCGCCUCGGCCUCGCCGCCACCCUCAUCGCCGCUCCACUCCCUCUCCUCACCAACGCACAACAACAAUCCACCACAAUCUCUUUCUCCGCAAAUGGUGUCCUCCAAACCGUUGUUCUCCCCGCGCCCGCCCUACCUACAGCCACUGUCACAGUCCCUGCUGUCACAGUAACUUUCAUGCUCCAAAGCGUCAUCACAUCAAUCUACACCGUCACCGGCCCCGUGGACGCACUCUCCGGUGUUCCCUCCGAUCUCCCCGCCUCGGUCGGUAUCGUGACAGACACCGCGCCCGCCGGUCCAGUCUUCCCAUUGCAAGUCGGCGACUUCUCUACCAACGUCGUCCUACCCGCCAGCGCAUCCAUCCCUUCAGGUCCCGUCACACUAGCACCCGUGAACGUCGUCCAACCCUCUGCGUCACCCUCGCCAAACGCCUCUCCCUCAGAAGCAGCAUCAUCACCCUCAGAAGCCGAAGCCAGCAGCGCCUCCGCCAAUGCGGUCGCCGCAGCAAGUCAACAAGCCGCCGUGCAGAGCGAAGUGUCUGGCUCCGCAUCAUCACCACCUUUAUCCCUCGCCUCAGAAAGCAAUGGUCCGGCUGCAGUCGUAGUACCCACGCCGUCUCCUGUGCCCACUGAUACCGCAGCCCUGGCUUCAGCAUCAGACACAGCAGCAGCCGUCGCCAGCGCAGCGAGCUCGUCAGCAUCAGAUACCGCAGUCGCCAUCGCCAGCGACGCCAGCGCCUCAGCGAGCGGGGCUUCAGAAUCCGCUGCUUCUGCUACUGGCGCAGUCGCUAGUGAUGCGAGCGCGGCUAGUGAAUCUGCUGCAUCUGCGACUGGCGCAGUCGCAUCCGCUACCGAAUCUGUCGCCAGUGAUGCCAGCGCGUCUGCUAGUGCGGCCAGUGACUCUGCUGCCUCGGCGGCAAGUGCAGUCACUUCUACGACGUUUGGAGCUGAGCCGACGACGAUGGGGACGAGUGUUACGUCUGGUAUGGGGUCGUUCGUCGAGCCCGAGUGCUAG